AACAUAAGGCCACUUGAUGUGAGUGAACCAUUUUUUAUUUGUGGUACCAAGAUAACAAUUUUACAAUCACCUCUUAUUAUUUUAUACUAUGGAAAACAUUAUCCCCCAGCACAGCAACGACGGCUAAUUCCAUCGCAGAAAUGGAUGUUUUUGCUUCGGUUUGUAUUCGCCGAUCCAAUCGCAUUUGCACCUGGGACGUGCGUCGAUGCUUGGGAGCGCGUUUUGGACCGGGGCCUCGUUCACACACGCGGUAUUAUGAAAUAGCAGACUUGCCUUUAGCUGCUUUCUACAAAAUGGUGUCGAUCGGCUUGAAUAACAUUACCGAAGAUAAUGGUGGACGGGCCGGAUCGAUGGCAUAGAUCGCCGGUAGUACGGGUGGACCGAUGGCACAGGUUACUGGUUACACGGUUUGGAUCGACGGCGAGGUUCACUAGCUUCCGGAUCUUCGGUGUAAAUGGCUGGAUACAUGCGUCCGAUUGAUGACGUAUUAUGCUUGUGGCACAGAUAGAAACGUCGACGUAUGCUGCUAGUUGCCAUCCACAAGAACAAAAGAGGUGCGAUGACGAUCAAAACGCUCGUCCAGCCAGGAUGAGGUGAGAAGAGCUAUCUCUCGCGUGCUGUGGUCGCUGUUUAUGCUACGGAAAACGGAAGUGUUGGUGUGCAUGUUGCUACAUUAAACUGACAUUUACGUUUCGUCCUCGUCCAAGGUGUCAAUAGUUGAGUUCAGCCUUGAACAGUGGUAAGGUUCAGCUCUGAACAGUGGUCGCCGCAAGUAUAAAUUGAUAUUUAUUGCGUAAUCAACACUUCAUCGCAUGUCACUUUAUGAGCCUGAUGUAAUUUUAGAUUUGAACGACGUAUUUCAACGAUUUGGUAUCAGCGUCGCAUUGCCUUUAUGCGCAACAUGUCUAUAUUAAUUUUUGCACGUUGGGUACGGAUCGUCACACACCACCUUCAACAGUGAUUCUCUAGCUACCUUGUGCCGCAAUGAACCUUCAUCAAAAUGUCAAUUUAAUGACAAUUCAUUUCUUGUUUGUCAUUCUGUCGGUUUCUUCGGCAUCCUCGGAACGCGAAUUUGUUGUAAACUUACUUUCCGCAACAAUAAUCGUACACAUUUCGUCUCACCAUGGAAACUUUGAUGGGAAUUCGUGGCCCGGACUUUGUGAUGCUGGCCGCGGACUGCACUCACGCCCAUUCCAUCAUGGUGCUAAAGGAUGAUGAGGACAAGAUCCUGAAGGUGUCGGACAAUCUGAUGCUCGCUACCAUGGGCGAAGCCGGCGACCGUGUGCAGUUCACCGAGUACAUUAGCAAAAACAUUCUCCUCUACCGAAUGCGCAACGGGUACGAGCUGGGCCCGAAAGCGGCGGCACACUUCACCCGCCGCAAUCUGGCCGACUAUCUGCGCUCCCGCACGCCGUACCAUGUGAAUCUGCUGGUCGGCGGGUAUGAUGAGGUGGAUGGUCCGCAGCUGCACUACAUCGACUAUCUGGCCAACUCGCUGCCGGUGAAGCAUGGCGCCCACGGGUACGGCGGCAUGUUCGUGAACAGCAUCUUCGACCGGUACCAUCACGACAAGAUCACACAGAAGGAGGCGUACGAAAUUUUCCGCAAGGGCGUGACGGAGAUCCACAAGCGGUUGAUCCUGAAUCUGCCCAACUUCAAGGUGGCCGUGAUAGAUAAGGACGGAGUGAAGUAUCUGGACGACAUUACGCCGGACUCGCUGAAGCAGGCGUCCGCCGCCUAGGCGUAAUGUAACGUAGAAUCUAGCGUCUUGCGUUCAUUUAUUGGGGAAAGGAUUUUUUGUCAUGCGUUCGGAAUAAAGCCGAUCAAUGUAAAACUUUACAAA